AUGCCUCAAACUUCUGAUCCAGCCAUAGUUUGCGCUGAAAACAUAGCCACGUUGUCUUUAUUUCAUAGUAUCCCCGUUCCACCAAUAUCCAACAAAGUUGGCCUUGCACCACCCGAUAACGAGCCAUACUCCUUAUCUUUUGGCCGAGAGCGUAAGCUAGCCGGGACGCUGGCAUUCCUUGCGCAUAUCAAGGAUGAUGCUGAACACAUUCCCGCCGUGUGUAUUGAGGAAGACUUGGACUCAUUUGCCUUGAACGUGAUCCUGGCUGUUAACAAGGCUAAAGCCCAUGAUGGAGACGAUGUGAUUCAUCGUGUCCAACAAGGGUUUGAGGGUAUUUUCAAAGUUCUUGCGAGAAUUUCUAGUGAUGAGUCACUUAAUAUUAAAGACCGGAUUCUUUCCAUGGUCGUCUCAAUGUGUUCAUGUCGCAUCCUCUCCCGCCUGCGACUAAGCCCUACAGGAAGGAAACCGCUGAAACGAUCAAUCAAGGAUACUCUUGACGAAGCAGCGAUGGCCUUUGCGAGGAUUGAUCGGCGUAAACUGGAAGAUAGAAGUCUCCUAAUAAGCAUGGAACUAUUGGCAUCCAAAGUCAAGGAAGCUAGAAAACUUGUCGACUCGUGGUCUCGAUAUCAGGUCACCCCGCGGUUAGUAGAUCUUGUGCAUGGCAUUUAUCAAAUAUACCAGGUCGAGCAGCUUCCGGUAAUAGUCCACCUUAUACCGAAUCGCGAUAUGAGUCCCAGUGCAAGAGAAAGUUUUCUGAAUAUCGUCGGUAAAGUCUCUCAAUAUCGAAAUGCCGCAAGAUUCUUGUAUCGGACUGCGAAAACGUUUCCAUUGGCUCGAAAAAUGAGGACGGUACCUGUUCACCUAUCGCAGGACGCAUUUAGUACGCCUUCACUUGACGGAUACACACCAGACUUGUUGUCCAAAGUUGUAGAGGGAAGUCCCAAGGGCAAACAGCCGCAGAUUUUUAAAGAAAUAUGCCGCGCUCUGGACUUGGGUGAACAAAGGGCUACUGACCAGUUCUCCCGUCAAAUUAAAAAGAGUAUAAAAGAGGCGAAGAUCCAUGCCGAGGUUCAAAUAAUCACAUAUUGCGAACUGCGAUCGCCAGCAUCACUUCCGCGAGUGAUCUGCUCGAGCAAAGAUGCUUGCUUUCUUUGCAACUUGUUCAUCCAGGUAUACAAGAAGAUGUAUACACCCCGGUCCCAUGGACGGCUAUAUCCUGGAUGGCGGCUACCUCGGGUACCACAGCUGAGAGAACUGGAGCAACGAUUUUGCCAAUCACUAGAGGAUAUAUUGAGAGAGAGCCGCACUGCGCUUCUGUCGACUGGCCGGAAAACCCUCUAUCCAUGCCCUAAUGAAAGUACCCUCUUCACACUCGGUGUGUCUGGGACAACAGUAAACAUCACGCCGUCGAAAUUAAACCAAAUAGCACAACCUGGUCUGGCAAAGCACGGGCGGGCGACCCCAGAAGUCAGCGACUCGGAUUCUACUUCAUCUCGUUCGCGGUAUCUCUGUCCAGAGCAGCAAAAAGCCGGGUCUAGGAGUGAUGUAGCAUUGCUUCAAGGCUCAAAAAAGCUAGAUUCCAUCGGUCCCAAAGAAACAUCAGAGUUUUACUGUGCAGGCUCUUUGGAGAUGCAAGUUGAGUGCAUCGCAGAUUUUGCAAGCUUUAAAUACUCCAUUGAGUGGCUCAACUACGAAGAAGCUAUAAAGGCUCGAGAAAAAGGUGUUUCAUUACCACUCAUUGAUGCAGAACACAUUGAGGGAGAAGUUACUCUAUGUCACAGUAAUACAUUAUACAUCAGCAUGAGGGAUAUAGUUUUGAAGAUCUGUUGGAGUAGAGAAGAGGAAUAA